AUGGACAAGAACGACAUGACUACCGACCAGCAUGAAGAACAUGCCAUCGGCAAGGACUUGGACCUCCCUGUCGACGACUAUGUCCCGGGCAGCGACGAGGAGAAGAAGCUCGUCAGGAAAAUUGAUAUGUAUCUUCUUCCCUUGAUGUGGAUCAUGUACCUUCUUUCCUACAUGGACAGAACGAACAUCGGAAACGCCAAGAUCGCCGGCAUGGACAAAGACCUCGGUCUCGACUCUGAUAGAUACUCGAUCGCCCUUAUCGUCUUCUUCAUCGGAUACGUCGUCUUCGAAGUUCCGUCCAACAUGGUUCUCACCCGAACGCGCCCCAGUCUCUACCUUCCCGGUAUCAUGGCUGCUUGGGGCUCUGUUACGAUUGGCAUGGCCUUUUGCCCCACCUACGAGGCUCUCGUCGGUUUCCGUGUCGUCAUGGGAUGUCUCGAAUCUGGAUUUGCUCCUGGUAUCCUUCUCCUGCUUUCCUCGUGGUACAAGAAGGAAGAGCAGAGCAAGCGUUUCGCGGUCUACAUCUCGGCUGCCAUUCUCAGCGGUGCCUUCGGUGGUCUCCUCGCCGGAGCCAUCACCGGCGGCCUGCAUGACGUCCAUGGCAUUGCCGGAUGGCGCUGGUUGUUCGUUGUCGAGGGUGCUGCUACUGUCGGUGCCGCCUGCGUCGCCUUCUUCGUUCUUCCCGACUUCCCCGCGACGACCUCGAAGCUCAAGUUCAACGACAAGGAGCGCGCGUUGGCCAUCCGGAGACUUCAGAGCGACGAGCAGGCUCUGCGUGGCGAGGAAGAGCCUAUCCUUGGUCACUGGGCUGCCUUCAAGCUUGCCAUGGCGAACUGGAGGACUUGGCUCUUUGUUGUAGGCUACAUGGCCAUCGUCGGUUCUUCCACCCUGUCCUACUUCUACCCUACUCUCGUCAGCGGUCUCGGUUACGCGUCGACCCAGGCUCAGUACAUGACCGUGCCCAUCUUCGCCGUCGCGUUCGUCAUCACCGCGAUCGUCGGAUACUUCGCCGACAAGCACAGCCAGCUGCGUGGCCUGAUCCUUACCGUCAUGAUGAGCGUUGCCAUGAUUUGCUCCAUCAUCAUCUGCGGCGUCUACAACUUCAAGGCUCGCUACGCCCUUCUCGUCAUCAUGGCUUCCGGUCUCUGGGCCUCGAACGCUCUUGCCCUCUCGUACGCCUCCGUCAGCUUCGGCAACAUGUCCAACGAGACCAAGGCCGUAGCGCUUGCCUUCGUCAACGCUAUGGGUAACCUUGCCCAGAUCUACGGCGCCUACCUCUUCCCUUCCAAGGAUGCUCCCAAGUACCUCAUGGGCUUCGGUGUCAUCAGCGGCAUGUGCUUCACGGGUGUGGCUUCGUACCUUGCCCUUCACAUCUUUUUGCGCAGGUCGCGCUCUUAA